AUGGAGAAUGAAAAAUAUAGCUACAUGCAGCGCCUAUUUUUCAGAUGCCAAAAUCAUAAGCAGACGCGAGAAAAUUGCGUGAAUGCUAUGUUUGAGAUGGAAUCUGAGGUACGAAAACGGUAUGCUGGUUUAAAUAUUGUAGAUGAAAAUGAGGAAGCAGCAAAGGUCAAGUUAUUAGAAAUGAUACUUGUUGAUGGUUGCUUCAUAAUUGAACUUCUAUACAAGAACUACAAACGUAGUACUAGUACCCACAUGAUCAUUGACUCCAUCUUAGACAAUUAUUCCAUGAAGUCUGCCGUCCAACAUGACUUGAUACGACUGGAGAACCAGAUUCCCUUCUUUAUUCUUGAUAAAUUGUUUAGCCUGACAGUGAAAACCAUCGACCAAUUUUCUCUUAGGGAGUGUAUCUUCUUAUUCUUUAAAGCUAUGAUGGGCUUACCAGGAAUACCCAAAUUGGAUCUUGAAAUAAUGCCCCUUCACAUCCUCAGUUUCUUACACAGUUGCUACGUGCCUUGGAAUGAUGAUUCAUCCUUGGGCACGGAACAAAUCAAACUCAAAUAUUCUGCAACACAACUUGACUUGGCAGGAGUCAAGUUUAAGCCUGCAGGUUUUGAAAUGAACCUAUUCAACGUGAACUUCUAUACCGAUCAUUCUUGUUUCCAGGUGUUUAGAAGUAGUUGCUUUGAAAUCCCACCUUACCAAACAUUCUUGAGCAAUCUCAUAGCUUUCGAGCAAUUUUCUCCUGUCCGUAAACGUCAUUUCACAUCUCAUGCUUUUCUCAUUAAUAAACUCAUCAACACCACAAAGGAAGUUGAUCUGCUUAUAGAAGCAGGAGUGAUACAUAACUAUUUGGGUUCAAGCGAAGAGGUGGCGCGUCUCUACAACAAUGUCUGCAAGAAUGUUUAUGUAGGUAGUUUCUACUUCACUGAGACAUGCAGUCAGGUGACUGGUUACUGCAAUCGUUUCUGGCCAAGAUGUCUAGCGAAACUUAGACGUGACUAUUUUGGUAAUCCAUGGACAGGCAUAUCAGUCCUUGCUGCCAUUUCCAUUUUUGUCCUCACCUUGCUGCAGACUAUAUACACAUUGCGUUCUUAUAAUUAA